AUGGAUGAGCAGUCGUCCUCAGUCCCCCCAGACUUCAACUCUGGCCGCGGACGAAUUCCCGAAAAUUACGUUGAAUAUGAUUUGUUUCUUGUCCAGCAAAAGAAAGGGUGUCGAACGCUACUCCAGGAGCUGGAAAUGCUUCGAAAGUCUGCCAUCAAUAUUUGUAACACAGUUACGAAAGACCACAUCUGGCAAAGAGAUGAUUUCCAUCUGGAAAUGAAAUCAUCCGAAGGCAUGACAUAUUUACAUGGCAUGACUGACUACGGCGAUGCUAUUGAGGAUGAGUGGCUCAUUGUGUACUUGCUACGCCAACUGACCCAAUCGUUCCCUGACCUUUGGGUGCACGUUGCUGAUGCCGAUGGGGAAUUUUUAUUGAUCGAGGCCGCCAAUGUGCUGCCAAAAUGGAUUACUCCUGAGAUGGACCAAAAUCGGGUGUGGAUUCACGACUCCAAGCUUUUAAUCAUACCACUGUCUUCAGCAGCCGACGCCCAACAAGAAGGGAAUACCGCCAACAUGACUUUGCGCAACGCGUUCGACUACCUGAGAACCAAGCCUAACGCGCUACUUCAUUCUCCUUUGAUUGAAGCGGAAGCCUUCUAUCGUCUUGAGAAGUAUCCCGACUACAUACGCCAUUCCACACAUUACUCCCUAGUCACUAUCCCAAGAAAGCUCGCAUAUAUUCUGCACCUGAUACCGAAAUCUGUUUCAAUCGCUGUCGAAAUGUUCUAUCUUCGAGAUGCCGUUACAAUGAAGUCAAUCUCUUCCGCCUCUGCGCCGCUAGUAUUCCCCCCUGAAGACUUUGUUACCACAAGCAUUCACUUCACGAGGGUGCUUUUCGCGCAGCUCAAGUCGCAACGCCUGGACCCCCCUCCGAGAUGGAGGGCUCUUAUUAAAGAUCGGUCGGAGGCAUCUCCCUCAGAUUUUCAGAAGCUAGCCCGACAAGAUAUGGGGAUGAAGUUGACGUGUGGUUACGAGAUGCUCUCGGUUGACGCCGAUAAAAGUAGGCACCGAGUCGUCAGAGAGCUAGCUCUCUUGCUACGAGAUCUAGCCGAAGACGGAGAUGCUGGAUUACCUACAGAUCGUGACAUGGAGUCUUGGUUAAAUCAUCAGCGUGAUGACGCUGAAGAUUGGAUGGAUAUAAAUUACCUAGAUUUUGAGCGUGAGUUGGAUGGAAAGCACCAAGGUACAUCCAAAGAGGGUGGCUCAGGUUUCGGUGAUCCCCAAGCACAAGACCAUCUCAGGAAGAUUGUAUCACGUUUCGAGAAUUUUCUUAGUGACAACAAGGCUGGCAUAGAUGGCGUCAAUCUUGAUGAUUCGGAUGGUAACGACAACGAAGACGCCGACGAUAGUGAUGGCGAUGAAGACAGUGAGUUUGAGGAUAAAGCUGUUAGCUUUGACGAGGAAGCUUUCCAACAAAUGAUGCGGGAGAUGAUGGGGAUGCCCGAAAACGGCACAACAAAUAACUGCGGUGUAGAUGCUGGGGCAUCAGACCUAACGCAGCAACCAAUUUGUGAAGAAACCGAGAAUAAUCCCGAUGACUUGCAGCAGCUUUCAUCCGAAAUGGAGGCUGAGUUGAGACGCCAUGGGGCUCUGGAUUUGAAAUCAGAAACACCCAGGCAUGUUAAAGCACCAGCCGCAGAGCAAUGUCAUGAUGAGCAGCAGCCGUCCUCUGCUAUCUCUACAGUUGAAGAAAGCAUGGAGGAGCUGAAUAUUGACUAUAACCUGGCUCAAAAUAUUUUGGAAAGCUUCAAGGGACAAGCGGGAAUGGCUGGGCCAACUGGCAAUCUCCUUGGUAUGAUGGGUUUCACGCUACCGAGAGAUGAAGAUGACAGAAGACGAGAAGAUUGA